AUGGCCACGCUUUCAUCGGUGCACCCAAAGGGAUUGCACAUUGCCCUUGUCAAAUAUGCUCUAGUCACCGCCAUUGUAGCAGCUAUUAUGAAGUUGAUAUUUGCGAUCGAUGGACUGGUAGGCCAGGAGCUGGCUGAGUUCUCCCUUCAAACCCACCCGUUCGUGCCACCGAGUAGAACGGACAGUCGAUCACCGUGUCCUGCGCUGAACACCUUGGCAAAUCAUGGCUUCCUGCCUCAUGACGGGAGAGGGAUAAGUUACAGCAAUUAUAUUCGUGCCAUGCGUGAGGGUUACAACCUAUCGCUCCCAUUGGCGACGCUCCUCACCUACGGUGGACACAUGAUCCUCAGCCAGUAUUCGGCACUCUCACUCUCCGACCUCUCGCGACACAACUUUAUCGAGCACAACGCUUCUCUUGGGCACCCUGAUGCGGUGGGAGAUGAGGAGUACGCACCGACGAAGGCCAGUCUCAGCCUCAUCUACCAGAUGACCAAUGAGUCAACGGAUGGCUCCUUCAUGACAAUGCACGAUUUCGCCUCUGCAAGGGUUCUCCGAGAGAGGGAGUAUAAAUGGCCUGCUCUCGAUCCCCUCCAUGAAGAAAUUGCGCGUGGAGAGAUUUCAAUGGUACUGGGGGUCUUCGGCGGCGCAAACGAGACAGUCCCAGUAAGGUGGUUGCAGGAGUGGUGGCUGAAUGAGCGGUUCCCAGAGGACUUCAAGCCGCGUCAUUCGCAGACGCUGUUCAAGACAGUGCGCGGAUCUUGGAAGGUCAAGCGUCUCAUGAGAGAGAUUAAAAAAGCUGCGAAUGUGAAGCGCCAGUUACAUGAACUCGACUGA